GCUCCUAUGGAUCAGGCCACACGUUCCAUUUCUCCCAGUCAAUUGGAUGUACUAGGCUCACUCAGCGGCCAAGACGAAACAAUCUCAUGGAUCAACAACAUACUCUCGUCCGGCCCCGAUGCCCGGGACGACAUCAAUGCCACUUCUGAACCAGAUCUUACCGCUCUUGAACAACGUGUCUCACAGCUCGUGCCCUCCAUUGAUAUUGCCAGUGAAGACGUUUCUGCUCAGCUCGAGCGUCUCAUCGAAGACAUAUCUCGCUCUGCUUCUCGUCUGCCAUAUGACUUCCACUUCAUGCGCGGAAGCGCCCUUGCACUCCAAACUGCUUUGGACGGCGUCGCCAAACGAACGGACAAUCCGCUCUCCACCGAAAUAUCACAAGCGCUGGACCGUUUGCAUUCGCUCGAUACCAUCAAGCAGAACAUGCUUAAAGCAAGAGACGUCCUGGGAGAGGCAGCGAGCUGGAGCACUCUCGAGGGUGAGGUUGCCUCUCUUCUCAGCGAGCAGAGUUAUGAGAAGGCCGCGGAAAAGCUGUCCGAGGCCAGCCGUAGCAUGGUCGUCUUCCAGAAUACACCAGACUACGAGCCUCGAAGGACGCUGAUGGUCAGCUUGCAGAACCAGCUGGAGGCGUCUCUUAGUUCUGCGUUGAUUGCCGCAAUCAACAGCCACGACGUCGCAGUAUGCAAGAACUACUAUAACAUAUUCUGCAAUAUACAGCGCGAUUCCGAAUUUCGUACCUACUACUAUGGGUCCAGGAGAAGUUCUCUUGUUACCUUGUGGCAACAUACUCCUCUCUCUCCGAGUUCAUCCACCGAGGAGUCCACUCCCUCACUGUCGUCCUUCCUCACCACGUUCUUCGCCGAGUUCCUGUCGAAGAUCAACUCGGAAAAAUCGUCCAUCGUAGCCAUAUUCCCAGAUCCUCAAUUCACCCUCGCGACCUUCAUCACAUCGACAUUGACCUCCCUUCAACCCACAUUUUCCGAGCGGCUAUCAGCCGUAGCACACAACUCCCCCUCCUCCCUCCUCGAAAUCAUCGCCUGCUUCAAAAUUACGGAGCAAUUCGCCGUUGCAGCCGACAAAAUCCUCGAAAGAACCGAGUCUUCCACACUUGUUCCUUCAUCCUCUCCAGGCGAAGCGACUUCUCCACCAUCCAAACCGCCAGCGAACCGGAGGGCCAAUCGGUCGUCCAUGUCACGCCGUAUGAGCGUACAUUUGAACGGUCCCAACGUCGGUCUCUCGAUCAAGCCACCACAUCUUGGCGGGAGCGGACUCGAUUGGGACCAUGAUCUCUUCGAACCGUUCCUCGAAUACCAGACGGAGUACGGCAAUCUUGAGCAGCAACUGCUCGAGUCCUCGCUGCAAGAAGUUUCAAAGUCACGGGACGUUCGCGAAGACGUCUCCAGCGACCGUGCUCGAGCACUACGGGAACAGUCUGUCGAGGUGUUCAGUGUUGCCGAGGAAGGCCUAGGACGAGUCACUGCUUUCACGCACGGAUACGGUAUCUUGGGCCUCAUUCGCGCGGUGGACCAACUCGUCCAGAACUUCAUCGCCCAGACCAGAAACGUCGUCUCCGACCCUUCUGCUUCGUCCUCGAAGACUAUAUCAUCAUCAGCGUCCGGAGAUUUGGCCGACCUGGACUACACACUGGACGACUGGUCGAAUAUCCAGAUGUGGUUGCAUCUCCUGGGAGCAUUCCGAACCAUCCUGGACCGACUGGACGCCUUCGAGGUCAAGCUUCAAGCUACAAUCCUUCAAUUUUCGAGCAUGUUCCGCACCGCAGGGUACGACUACGGCAACGUGUACAUCCCCGGCACGACAAGUGGGGAGGUACAGCUGUUGGCAGCGUCUACGCUCAACUCUGCGGAGUUCCAUGACAUCUUGCAAGCGGUCGAUUCUGAGACACGCCAGGAUCCCGUCGAACGAUCGCCUUAUGCCCGUGUCGUCGACCCAGCUUCGAAGUCACUCCUCGUGCAAUCUCGAAACGCCCUGGCCUCCGUGACCUCUCUAUGCCAAACCUCACUCCAGGACGCAAUGCUUUCACCCUUACGGAACCAUCUCCUAUACUACGCCUCAUCAUCAGUAUGGUCCACCCAAAAUGAUCCCAAAGGUCCACGAGCAGGUGCAUCGGCCACCAGCGCCACCCAACUUCCCUCCUUCUCACUAUCGCCGACCGAGACGAUGCAACGGGUAGCAGAAGGCCUCCUGAACCUCCCUCGACUCUUCGAAGUCUACGCCGACGACGACGUCCUUUCAUUCUCCCUCAACACCCUCCCCUUCGUCGACAAUGAGUACCUGCAAUCCCUCUCGGAACGCGCCAGCGACUCGUCUCCUGAAACUCGACCGAUGCACAACCGCCGUCAAUCCAUCGCCAUGAAGUCCCAGAUGCCCGCGGCCUCGCCUGUACCAGAGUUCACUCCUGAAGUCAUCGCCUCGGUCUGGCUGUCCUCCCUCGGCUUGUCUCUGCUCUCGCACCUCACUUCGGCCGUCCUGCCCAAUAUCAGAACACUCACGCCCGCCGGAGCCGCCCAGCUGUCGUCAGACCUGGAGUACCUAUCGAAUAUCGUCGGAGCUCUGAACGUGAGGAGCGAGGAGCUAAGUAGGUGGAAGGAAUACGCGAGUCUGAGCGAUGAAGAUGGGUGGAGGCAGGCGAUGGAUUCGUCUGCAUCCCAGACUAGCACGUUCGAAUUCACACAGAUAGCGAGGAUGAGAGGCUGGGCCGCUAGGCGCCCGACGUAGCGUACUUAAAGUAACUAGUAGGACUGACUGCUAAGGUAGUACGGGACGGCGACUAGAGAGACGUAUUACUUAAAUAUGGACAGUCCAGUCAUUCUGGCAGGCAGCAAAAGGGCAUAUGAUACGCGAAUCCGUCCGAGAACGAAAGACUCGAAGAGCAAGGAGCAAUAUACAGAGAGUUAAAAAGGCUACGUAUGAGACGAAGUAACUAAGAGACACAAGUCCAGAACUAUCGUGCAUAAGGAUGGAAACUGUGCUGUCCCCGGUUCAUAACCCUUGCGGGUCCUGGACCGCCAGCCAUACCACCUCGUCCUCGUCCACCCAUCAUUCCCAUCCCAGGCCUCAUACCCAUGCCCAUGCCCAUGCCCAUACCCAUACCGCCCAUGGGUCCCAUACCUCCACCCAUGUUUCCUGCACCCAUCCCUCCAGCGUUCAUGCCAGCGCCCAUCGGGCCCAUACCUAACCUCAUACCACCAGGCAUACCACCCAUCCCGGCACCCAUCGCGUUCAUGGCAUUACCUGCCAUAGCGCCCAUGGGGCUCAUAUUCCCUACAGCACCCAUACCGUUCAUCCCUCCACCCAUCCCUGCUCCCAUUCCACCGCCCAUUGCGCCGCCCAUUCCUGCAGCCCCACCCAUCCCGGGCCCACCUCCCAUUCCAGCACCACCGCCCAUACCUCCCGCACCCCCCAUCGCACCCCCCAUCCCCGCACCCAUAUGCCCGCCCCCCAUAUUACCGCCCCCACCCAUAUUUCCACCGCCCAUAUUCCCACCCAUUCCGCCCCCCAUGUUGCCCAUCCCGAAGCGAUUCAUACCCAUGCCCAUGCCCAUAGGAUUAAAGCCCAUCAUGGGCAUCCCGCCAGCCGCGGCUCCGCCACCGCCCAUCAUGGUGUUAAACGGCGCGCCGCCCAUCUGGCCCAUCAUGCGCUGGUAGACCAUGUUCAUCUGUUGGGGAUCGGCGGCGGGUGGCUGGGGCGGUGCGAAUGUGCUUAUGGAGUUCGUUGGUGUGGAACGGAUUUCGCGUUCUGGGAAGUUGUCUCGGGGGUUGGUGGAGGUGCGGCCUUGGUCGCGUUGAUUCCGUGGUUGAGCGGUCUUCACCUCAAUCUGCUUAUCAUCAAGAACCAAGCCGAUCUUACCGACCAAUUGGUGUUCGUUGCUGUUAUCCUCAAACGUAACGAAACCAAAGCCCUUCGACCUUCCGGUCUCACGAUCGACCAUGACGGUCGCGUCGACGACCUUACCGAACGACGUGAAGAACGCACGCAUAGAAUCUGACGUCGUCUGCGGCGCCAGGCCGCCGACGAAGUAUCGCGUAUUUCUCAGGUGCUCUUCGCGAGGGAUCGCGCGUUUCGGGUCAAUCGCUUUACCAUCGAGGAAGUGCUCGCGAAUCAUGACGGCGUUAACGGAGGAAGGGUCAUCAAACGUCAAGAAUGCAAAGCCUCUCGAUUUCCCAUCCGGGUCGCGCACGAUCGUGCAUGCGUCGACCUUGCCAAACUCGGAGAAGUACUUGCGCAAACCUUCAUCUGUUGUGUCCCAGCUAAGGCCACCGACAAACAUCUUGCUGCAGUAGUCGGAUUGCGUGAUAAUAGGUAUGGAGGAACCAGUAGGCAAUGCGUAUUUGGAGGUGAUAUCGACGUGACGUGCGUGAGCAGGGUAUUGAAGAGUAAAGCGAGAUGCAUAACGGUGUCGAGAGAGCAGAGGGGGGAACGAACGAAUACGUGAUCAGUUUCCAGAGUAGCAAGGUAAUGCAACCGUGUCGGGAGAGAGAAGAGAUAAUAAAAAAAGAAACGGGAGAUGAGUGAGCAAGCAAUCGAAGGAACGGGAAAAAAUCACGGUUCGUUAUGCAGAGCGAAACUCAUUAAUGCUGAGCUAUCGUAGCUGGUAAGUGCAGGUAGCUGACGAUUCGCGACAGAACCAGUACGCAUGAACGAGAGAGAGAGAGAAAAAGAAAACUCGAGUGCAGGGCUAAGUAGCAUAUACUGAACAACGUCGAGCGCAUCAAGACGUUUAGCGCCCUUACUCACCCCACAUCCCCUCGGAACCGCGCGCGCACUGAACGAAAGAAAACAAUGUGCAAGAAAAAAAACGAAAAAGAACUCACCCUUCGUCCUUCAUCUCGGACGGCCGGAUAGGUCUCUCGGCAGAGUUACCCUGAGCGCCAGCGCUAGCAGCGUUCCCAGCCUCCGCCCUCUGUUGGCGCUCUUGACUCGGGCUCUGUGUGUAUGCCGAGAACUGUUGGGCUACCUGUGCAGAGUAUGAAAGACUGCCGUUUGCGUUGACAGAGGGCUUAGCGGGCAAUGAGGUCCCGCUGCUGCUCUCGGCUACCUUCGGCGCAGCCGUGCCAGUCGAUGUUGAUGUCGUCUUCUCUGCGACGGGCGACACGGGCUCUUUCGGAGACGUGGCGGGUUUCUCGUCUGAGACGGAGACGGCGGUGGCGUCGGUGCUGCCAGAGGGCUCCUCUGGUGGAAGAGUGAAGUCCUCUUCAAAGUCGUCGCCGUACAAACCGUCGUAGAGGUUGUCGUCCGUUGUGUCUGUCGUUGCGGCCAUUGUCAGCGGAGGUCAGCGGUCGAGAAAGCAAAGAGGAGAGAAGAGGAGG